AUGAGCAGAUUCAGUAGAUUCGAGCUCGUUAGCCACUCUCCUUCGUCCUACAUCAAGCAGACCUCCAUUCUCGGACCUCCAAGAACCAUAGCGCUAAACCCUUUCUUCCCAUCUUUCUCCAUUGUUGAGGACGAGCUCGACUGCGCUCUCGGCCUCCUUGACCUCGCCCCAGCCUCUCCCUCCUUGUUCGACGAAUUUGAUACCAUCACAGAUCUGAUCCAGAUCGACGAAACCCCAUUUCACACCUCCACGCGCCGCGUCACGCGCCGGUCCGGGCUGGGCGAUCUGUACCUGCAGGCGCUCAGCGACCGCGUCUCGGCUCUGGAGCUGGAGCUGGAGCUGGGGCUUAGCCGGCUGGCGAGGGAGGAGAAGAGCAGGAAGAAGAAGUACACGUGGACGGCAGAGGUGAAGAGCCCGGAGAAUGACCGGAAGUACCAGUGGACGGCCGAGAUCAAUGACGGGAAGAAAGGGCUGGAGAAGAGCUACAAAUUGACGGCUGAGAUCCAGAGGAAGGGUGGGGCCCGCGUCCUGCCGGUCGAGCAGAAGUACACGAUAAAGGUGUCCGCUGGUGGUUCGGAGGAGAAGGCUAAGAAGGAGAAGAAGAAGAAGUGUGAGAAGGUCAAGGAGAAGGGUACGAAGAAGACAUUGGGAUCCAGUGCCCGCAUUGUUGAGAUUGAGGAGCCAUCCGGUCAUGGGGGGAUUGUUCUGAGGCAGGUUUUUGCCAAGAGAGUGGAUAAGAGUAAGGGUAAGAGGAAGGAGCUUUCUCCACAUGAUGCAGCUGUUCUUAUUCAGAAGAGUUUUAGGGCUUAUCUCAUCCGGAGGUCUCAGGCCCUACGUUCACUUCGUGAGAUGGCCAUUGCCAAGACCAAGUUGAAGGAGAUUAGGGGGGUUUUCCACAAUUUUUCCUAUCGACGCCUUCUGGCCCGUGAUGCUGAAGAACGUCAGAGGUUCUCUGAGAAGAUCAUCGUGUUGCUCCUGACUGUUGAUGCUAUUGAGGGUGCGGAUCUGAUGGUUCGAAGAGCAAAGAAGUCAAUGGUGGAUGAGCUGGAAGCAAUGCUUGACGUGGUGGACCCACAGCCUCCCGGGAAAUCCCUGUCCAUUCGGAGGAGAACUUUCGACAUGCCCGAUAAUGCUAUCAAUAAGGAACUUGCUGCUGGAGUUGCGCAGGUGGUUCAGAUGCUGGAUAAUGAGGCAAACACCUCCGAAGCUUUCGAAGCAUGCUUGUAA